CACAUACUUUAUUUUCUUGUUGUCGUAAAAUGUUUUCAUUGUCAUGAUAAAUAACACAUCUACAGGAGUGGAGAAUGAGGACAUCAUGCAUGAAUGUAAUAUCAUAUUUCAGACAUUUCCAUAACCGCUGAAAAACAGAGUUACGACACUCGAUCUCGGCAACGUGUGGUCACGUGGUUCAUAAAGCGCUCAAUAGUUCCAAGCAAAUUCAACUAUUUGAAUGCAAUUUAGCGGCACAGACAACAGCAACUAUAUUUGCAUACAUUUUGCUAAAUAUAUCUCGCAACGGGCGUCUGUGCGAGUGUCGUAACUCUGUUCUUCAACAGCUCUGGACGUUAUCAUUGUGGGCUUUGCGACUGAGGCCACGCCCACUCGCUUGCUGUUUUAAUCUGGACUCUUGAUCCAUUAAUCACCUUUAAAAUGUCCUGUGACAGCGAGACGAACACUUUACACACAUGUGAAGAAUCCGCCACACUUUCAUUCUGUUCAGGUGAAGAAUGGCACAGAAAGCAGAGAGAGCGCCAUCCACAGACAGCGUUAAAUCUGUCCAGUCGUCCGAUGCCGUCUCUAAAUCAGCCCUCCGGAAGACAGCGUCCGGUGACAGCAACACAAAAACAACAAACAAGAAAUCAAGCGAGGAAGCCAUGAAUAAAGUUUACACCAACCUGCUGAACAACGUCUUUGGUCAGGAGAGAGAGUUAUCUCAGCCCGAGCUGGAUGAGCUGGCUGAAGCGUUUAAAGAGUUUGAUUAUGAUCAGGACGGAUAUCUGAACUAUAAAGAUCUGGCAGAAUGCAUGAGGACGAUGGGUUACAUGCCCACUGAGAUGGAACUCCUGGAGAUCAUUCAACAGAUUAAAAUGAGAUUGGGCGGUCUGAUGGAUUUCGAUGAUUUCUGUGAGUUGAUGGGUCCCAGGAUGAUGGUGGAGACAGCGGACAUGCUCGGUCUCAGAGAACUCAAAUGCUCCUUCAGUCAGUUUGACUCAGAUGGAGAUGGACAGAUCACUCUGGAUGAGAUGAAGGAGGCGCUGAAGACUCUGUUAGGAGAGAAACUGAAGAAGGGAGAACUGGAGGAGAUUCUCAAGGAGUUAGAUCUGAACGGUGAUGGAACGGUGGACUUUGAUGAGUUUGUGAUGAUGUUGUCAGUGCGGUGAAUCUUCAUCAUCAUCAUCAUCAGACAGCGGCAGGUAGAGGAUGAUGUCAUCACUGUUGUUUACUUAUUCCAUCUUCUCAACAACAUCACUAGGAC